CCCAUUUUUUUUUCAACAAUUUCUAUUUGGGUGUGACCAAUAUAAUUCUCAUAUAUAAAUACAAUCCUUCAAAUUACAAUAUUCAUUAUAUCUCUCAAAAUUCAUCACCAUUCAACAACCGACACCUUCUCCCUCUUUCUACCCCCCAUUCCCUGACGAUUUAUCAUCGUCUGGGUUGAUUUAAGAUCACAAUCACUCAUUCAUCCAUUUCUUCAUCUCAGGUACAUUCAAUUUUGUAUCAGUAACAAGUCAAGCAACCUAAAGGGUUAAGAUGAAGGCAUUGAUUCUUGUUGGUGGAUUUGGAACUAGGCUGAGGCCAUUGACACUUAGUGUCCCUAAGCCUUUAGUGGACUUUGCUAAUAAGCCCAUGAUUUUGCAUCAGAUUGAAGCUCUGAAGGCCGUUGGAGUUACCGAAGUGGUUUUGGCUAUCAAUUACCAACCAGAGGUGAUGUUGAACUUUUUGAAGGAUUUUGAAGCCAAGCUUGGGAUCACAAUUACAUGUUCCCAAGAAACUGAACCUCUGGGUACCGCGGGUCCCUUGGCUUUGGCUAGGGAUAAACUGAUCGAUGAAUCUGGUGAUCCGUUUUUUGUUCUUAACAGUGAUGUUAUCAGUGAAUACCCGUUGAAGCAAAUGAUCGAAUUCCACAAAGGUCACGGAGGAGAGGCGUCGAUCAUGGUUACAAAGGUCGACGAGCCGUCAAAAUAUGGAGUUGUGGUAAUGGAGGAAUCAACCGGGAAGGUCGAAAAGUUUGUCGAGAAACCGAAAAUAUUUGUGGGCAACAAGAUUAAUGCUGGGAUUUACCUAUUGAACCCCUCGGUUCUCGACAAGAUUGAGCUAAGACCCACCUCCAUCGAAAAAGAGGUCUUCCCGAAAAUUGCAGCUGAAAAGCAGCUCUACGCAAUGGUUCUACCUGGGUUUUGGAUGGACAUCGGACAACCAAGAGAUUACAUCACGGGCCUGAGACUCUACCUCGACUCAUUAAGGAAGAAUUCCUCGCCAAAACUUGCUAGUGGCACUCAUAUCAUUGGAAACGUGCUGGUCGAUGAGAGUGCAAAAAUCGGAGAAGGAUGUCUCAUUGGGCCAGACGUAGCCAUAGGGCCCGGUUGUGUGAUUGAGUCUGGUGUUCGACUUUCUCGAUGCACGGUUAUGCGUGGGGUUCGGAUCAAGAAACACGCUUGCAUCUCUAGCAGUAUUAUCGGAUGGCACUCGACUGUCGGACAAUGGGCUCGAGUUGAAAACAUGACUGUUCUUGGUGAAGAUGUUCAUGUUUGUGACGAGAUUUACAGCAAUGGCGGAGUCGUUUUGCCCCACAAAGAGAUCAAAUCUAGCAUUUUGAAGCCAGAGAUAGUAAUGUGAGUCAAAAUUUGUUGGAAAAAUUAGAUUAUUUUCAGGGGAUUUGUAAUUUAAUUAUAUAUUGUUCAUGUUCUUUGUUGCAUAUCUACAUUUUCCUUGAGUGAGUUUUGGAGAAGUUUCCAAUGAAUGUUAAAAAUUGUGUGUACAUAGAAAAAUAAUUGUAUUGGUUUACAGUAUUUGUUAUUUUUUCUAUGGUUUACUUGAUUUUUGUUGUAAUCUUGUAAUAAUACAUUCUUUGGUUGUCUUUGGAGUAAUUUUUCUGUACAA